AUGGAGUUCAAAGAUAGACCAGGACCUUCUUCAACGUCAGGAGACAGCGUGAGAGGAACGUCUGCCGCGACAGAGCAGGAAAAACUGGAGGAAAAAAAGAAAGGAAAAAAAUGCCAUAUACUACAUAAUUUGACCGAGGAGGACCUAACCAGGGUCCAAAAUCUUCGAGUUCAGAGGAUUGCUAGUGAUCGGGCUAGGAUUCAGAGACUGAGCCUCAAUGAAUCUCACCUGCUGCUGGAACGGUGCCUCAACCGUGAGCCCAGUCUCCUUUUUGAUUUGUUGGACACUGAUCCCAAUCCAGAAGACCCCCCUCCUCUACAAACUCUGAGCCGGUGUGUCUGCGGAAAGUGCAGGGACAUGCCUACUCUAAUAGAGCGCAAGUGCUGUGGAAAGCCACCACAACACUGUAUAUCUUUGAUGCCACACAUGGACCUGUUUAUUUUAGAGGAUGGUGUUCUGCGACUUGCUCGCAGAAUUUGGAAUGACCUGCGGGCUGAGGAGGACUCUCAAGAGCUUGGAGAAAGCAAUCGGGAGUUUAGAUUUGCAGCCUACAGACAGUUUGUAGUGUGGAGGUACGGUAUUCUUGGAAGAGGUAACAGGAUAGUUAUACCAAGUUGCUGUGUGUGGAAAACGUGA